UUCCCGGAAGCGCCGCCCCGCGCCGCCAUCUUGGCAGGAGCCGUGAGGGAGCCGCGGCCGCCGCCGCCCGUCCCGCCCGCUGCGCCGCCAUCGCGGCCCGGCCGCCGCUCCCCGCCCGCCUCCUUCCCUCCUCCCUCCCUCGGCCGCGGGCAGGAGGGGCCGCCCGGGGCUUGGCGGCCGCGGAGAGAUGAGCAGCAGCAGCAAUAAGAGAGCCCCGACCACGGCCACGCAGAGGCUGAAGCAGGAUUACCUGAGGAUCAAAAAGGAUCCAGUGCCUUACAUCUGUGCUGAGCCCCUGCCCUCCAACAUCCUGGAAUGGCACUACGUGGUGCGAGGGCCCGAGCUGACCCCCUAUGAAGGUGGAUAUUACCAUGGAAAAUUAAUAUUCCCUCGAGAAUUCCCUUUUAAACCUCCCAGUAUUUAUAUGAUCACACCCAAUGGAAGAUUCAAAUGCAACACAAGGCUGUGUCUGUCCAUCACGGAUUUCCACCCUGACACCUGGAACCCAGCCUGGUCAGUCUCCACCAUCCUGACAGGGCUGCUGAGCUUCAUGGUGGAGAAAGGGCCCACCCUGGGCAGCAUUGAGACCUCUGAGUUCACUAAAAGGCAGCUGGCUGCACAGAGCUUAGCAUUUAAUUUAAAAGAUAAAGUCUUCUGUGAGCUCUUUCCUGAAGUGGUGGAGGAAAUGAAACAAAAGCAGAAGGCCCAGGAGGAGCUGAGCUCCAGACCUCCCUCCCUGCCGCUGCCCGACGUGGUUCCGGACGGGGACGCGCACUUCGGGCACCACGGGCACGCGCUGCUGAACGGGCACGGGGGGCUGCAGGGGCACCCUGGGGGGCUGCAGGGGCACCCUGGGGGGCUGCAGGGGCACCCCGGGGGGCUGCAGCAGCCCCACAGGAACCACGGACUCUUGGGGGGAGCCCUGGCGAACUUGUUUGUCAUCGUGGGCUUCGCCGCCUUCGCCUACACAGUCAAGUACGUGCUGAGGAGCAUAGCCCAGGAGUGAGGGGACACGGCCCCAGUCCCACUGGGGUUGGGGGAACAGAGCUCCAGGGAGGGAGGUUGGGGGUUUGUGGGGUCACAAGGCGAAGAGAUCCUUUGGUUUGUGGAGUUGGGCUCCAUCUGUGGUUGGAAAUUGGAAAAUCUUCAGUAAAUUUGUAUUCCGUUGAGUUUUCAGUUCUGGAUCAAUGGGGAAUUUGGGGUUGUGCCCUACUUGGGUCCUGGUGGGAUUUUGGGGUCAGAAGUCAAAGAUUUGGAGGGAAGAUCCCUUGGUUUGUACAGUUGGGCUCCAACUGUGGUUUGAAAUUCAAAAUUCUUCAGUAAAUUUGUAUUCCAUUGAGUUUUCAGUUCUGGAUGAAUGGGGAAUUUGGGGUUUUGGCUUUUCCUGGGUCCUGGUGGGAUUUUGGGUUGAGAAGUCAAAAUGUUGUUGGGGAGACAGUUGGAUUUGUAGAGUUUGGCUCCAACUGUGGUUGGAAAUUGGAAAAUCCUCAGUAAAUUUGUAAUUCUGUUGAGUUUUCAGUUCUGGAUCAAUGGGGAAUUUGGGGUUUUGCCCUGCUUGGGUCCUGGUGGGAUUUUGGGUUCAGAAGUCAAAGAUUUGGAGGGGAGAUCCCUUGGUUUGUAGAGUUGGGCUCCAUCUGUGGUUGGAAAUUGGAAAAUCUUCAGUAAAUUUGUAAUUCUGUUGAGUUUUCAGUUUUGGAUGAAUGGGGAAUUUGGGUCAAAAAUUUGGGGGUUUUGCCCUUCGUGGGAUUUUGGGUUGAGAAGUCAAAGAUUUGGAGGGAAGAUCCCUUGGUUUGUAGAGUUGGGCUCCAUCUGUGGUUGGAAAUUGGAAAAUCUUCAGUAAAUUUGUAUUCCGUUGAGUUUUCAGUUUUGGAUCAAUGGGGAAUUUGGGGUUUUGCCCUACCUGGGUCCUGGUGGGAUUUUGGGGUUAGAAGUCAAAGAUUUGGAGGGAGAGAGAUCCUUUGGUUUGUGGAGUUGGGCUCCAUCUGUGGUUGGAAAUUGGAAAAUCUUCAGUAAAUUUGUAAUUCUGUUGAGUUUUCAGUUUUGGAUGAAUGGGGAAUUUGGGGUUUUGCCCUGCUUGGGUCCUGGUGGGAUUUUGGGGUCAGAAGUCAAAGAUUUGGAGGGGAGAUCCCUUGGUUUGUAGAGUUGGGCUCCAUCUGUGGUUUGAAAUUCAAAAUUCUUCAGUAAAUUUGUAUUCCAUUGAGUUUUCAGUUUUGGAUGAAUGGGGAAUUUGGGUGGAAAAUUUGGGGGUUUUGCCCUUCCUGGGAUUUUGGGUUGAGAAGUCAAAGAUUUGGAGAGAAGAUCCCUUGGUUUGUAGAGUUGGGCUCCAACUGUGGUCUGGAAAUUGGAAAAUUCUUCAGUAAAUUUGUAUUCCGUUGAGUUUUCAGUUCUGGAUGAAUGGGGAAUUUGGGGAUUUGACUUUUCCAGGGUCCUGGUGGGAUUUUGGGUUGAGAAGUCAAAAUGUUGUUGGGGAGACAGUUGGAUUUGUAGAGUUGGGCUCCAUCUGUGGUUGGAAAUUGGAAAAUCUUCAGUAAAUUUGUAUUCUGUUCAGUUUUCAGUUCUGGAUCAAUGGGGAAUUUGGGGUUUUGCCCUACCUGGGUCCUGGUGGGAUUUUGGGUUGAGAACUCAAAGAUUUGGAGGGGAGAUCCCUUGGUUUGUAGAGUUGGGCUCCAACUGUGGUUGGAAAUUGGAAAAUUCUUCAGUAAAUUUGUAAUUCUGUUGAGUUUUCAGUUCUGGAUGAAUGGGGAAUUUGGGUGGAAAAUUUGGCUUUUCCUGAUUCCUGGUGGGAUUUUGGGCUGAGAAGUCAAAGAUUUGGAGGGAAGAUCCCUUGGUUUGUAGAGUUGGGCUCCAUCUGUGGUUUGAAAUUCAAAAUUCUUCAGUAAAUUUGUAAUUCUGUUGAGUUUUCAGUUCUGGAUCAAUGGGGAAUUUGGGUGGAAAAUUUGGGGUUUUGCCCUUCCUGGGUUACAUUGAUUAUUUUGAGUUGAGAAGUUAAAGCAUUUUUGGGGUGACUCUUCAUUUUUAAGACUUUGAGUUCUCCAUCUGUGGUUUGACAGUUGAAGAUCUUCAGUAAAUUUUUAUUCUGUUGAGUUUUCCAAUUCAAGAUGAGUGAGUGGGAAAUUUAGGUUGAAAAUUUGGGGGUUUUGGAUCUUUCUGGGUCGUGGUGGGAUUUUGGGUUGAGAAGCCAAAACAUUUUUGGUGACCCACUUUGAUUUAUAUUUUUAUUCCAAAAAUGGGGUUUUGUGUCCUAAAAAUGGGGUUUUGUGUCCCAAAAAUGGGUUGUGUGUCCCAAAAUUGGAUUUUUGUGUUCCAUAAAUUGGAUUUAUAUCCCAAAAUUGGGUUUUUGUGUCCCAAAAAUGGGUUUUAUUGUCCCAAAAAAUUGGUUUUGUGUCUCAAAAAAUCGACAUUUUGGGCUCUGGGAAGGGAAAAAUUCUGAUUUUGGAGUGGGAAUAACAAAGGAGCUGCUGCAGAGCCAGAGGUAAAACCCCAAAUUCAGGGAGGUUCAAAACCUGCUUCAGGUUUUGCUGAAAUUCUUGGGGAAAAAAAAAACCAAAAUUCCUCUGGAAUUCUGGAAAUGUUUUUGCUCCCCAACCCCAAAAUUCAUUUGGGAUUCAUCUGUUGAAAUAAAACCUUAAAUUAAAUUAAACUCUUCAAAACCAUCAAAAGCCCAAAAUUCCUCUGGGAUUCACCUGCUGAAAUAAAACCCCAAAUUUUGUAUUUAAACCCCAAAAAUUCCCUGGAUUUGGAGGAAGGUUUGAAGCAUUCCAGGUGCCAUUUGUGGGAUCCCUGUGGAUUCCAGGAGUUGGGAAUUUUCCAGGAAAUUUGGGAAUUUUUAUUCCUGUUUUUUUUUUUUUUUUUUUGGAGGGGGGGAGGUUGAUUUGUGUUUUCCUGGGAAUUCAGGAUUUGAUUUUCCUCUUCCAAAAAAAAAAAAAAAAAAAAAAGAGGAAAAAUUAAAAUUUCCAGGAUAAAACCUUGGAGUAAAUCCUUGACUUUCCAAGCUGCAAUUCCAUGGAUUUCUGAAAAAUUUCAGAAUUUAAAGGUUGGGAUUUUUUUUUUUUUUUUUUUUCCCACAGAAAUCUUCAUUUUUAAUAAAAAAAAUUCCUGAAUUUUGGGGGGAAGUUUUUCCCCCUUUUUUUCCUGGAGAUUCCAAGGAGUGGGAAUUGCAUUGUAAAGUGGUUUAUUCAUAAUAAACAUCCAUGAAAAAUCGA